AUGCUGCCGCGCUCGUUGCAGAACUUCAUGAAUGCCAUGACCAGCUCAGACCACACCACCUACCCCUUCGCCACCACUAACGCACAGGACUUCAAGAAUCUAAUGUCCGUCUAUCUGGACGCCACCCUACAUCCACUGCUGAAACGCUCCGACUUCGUUCAAGAAGGCUGGCGCAUUGGACCAGAGAACCCGCUCAAGGAGUCAGACGAACAGGGGACCAAGGAUCUGGUGUUCAAGGGCGUAGUGUACAACGAGAUGAAGGGUCAGGUUUCUGACGCCACUUACCUCUUCUACAUCAAAUUCUUCGAGCAGAUAAUUCCGGCUCUGAAUAAUAGUGGUGGGGACCCGCAGAAGAUGACCGAUCUUACCUACGAGCAAUUGCAGCGUUUCCAGAACGAGCAUUAUCAUCCAAGCAAUAGCCGUAUCGUUACCUAUGGUGACCAGUCAGUCGAGACUCAUCUGCAGAUGCUAGGCGAGCAGCUCGCCAAGUUUGACAAGGUGAACAUCGACAAGGACAUCAAAGGACCCAUCGCACUUAAAGGACCGCAGACUGUCACUAUCCCUGGGCCUGUGGAUCCUCUCGUACCACCAGAAUCGCAGUUCAAGACAUCUACGACAUGGGUCACUGGCGAUCCGAGCAAUGUGGAUGAGUCGUUCGCUCUACAAGUCAUCUCGAAUAUCCUCCUCGAUGGCUAUGGCGCACCCUUAUACCGUAGUCUUGUUGAAUCAGGGCUAGGCACGGACUUCUCACCCAAUACUGGCUAUGACAGCUCAGCCAGCAAAGGUCUCUUCUCCAUCGGCCUGACAGGCGUAAGCGAGAAGAACGUUCCAAGAGUCAAGGAAGCCAUCUCGGACACAUUACUCGAGCAAGCAGCGAAUGGAUUCGAGAAGCAUAAGGUCGACGGCCUCCUGCAUGUGCUCGAGCUGAAGCUCAAACAUAAGAGCUCACGCUUCGGUCUGGGUGUAGCGCAAUCUGUGACUGGGAGCUGGUUCAACGGCGUCGACCCUUUCGCUUCGCUGGACUACGAGCACACCAUCAGCACUUUCCGCAAGAACAUGCAAAAAUCACGGUAUCUGGAGAAGCUGGUGGAGAAGUACUUGCUCACGGACAAUACUCUUACGUUCACCAUGGCGCCGAGUGCGACUUUCGGUGCGGAGCUUGAGGAGGAGGAAGCUGCUCGGCUCCAGACCAAAAUUGCAGAGGCGGUGAAGCAAUUCCCGAACGAGCAGGAAGCACAUAAGCACCUUCGUGAACGGGAGUUGGAGUUGCUGAAGGAGCAGGAUUCGGGCAAGUCCGCGAACGUGGACGUUCUGCCUACCUUGCGUGUGAGUGAUAUCGAGCGGACAGGGCAGCAGUAUGAGGCCCGGGAAAGCCAGCUGGACGAGAAGACGAAUGUGAAGUGGCGGGAAACUGCAACGAAUGGCCUGACUUACGUCAAAGCCUUGGCUAUGUUCAAGGAUCUGCCAGACGAGCUUCGAAUGCUUGUCCCACUGUUCUGCGACAGUCUUAUGAGAAUAGGCACGAAAGAUAAGUCGAUGGAGGAGCUGGAGGGUCUCAUGAAGCUCAAGACUGGCGGUAUACGGUUCGGAUACCAUGCCACGACUUCACCUCACGACAUCCUCAAAGCCGAGGAAGGGCUCUCGUUAGGUGGUUAUGCCUUCGACAAGAAUGUGCCAGCCAUGUAUGAGCUCAUCAACACGAUCUUACUGGGCACGGACUUCGAUAGUCCGAACGCACAUGGCAUGAUAAAAGAAUUGCUGAGAGCUGGUGCAGACGGAGCGGUAGAUGGGAUUGCCAGUGCCGGGCACAUGUACGCCAGUCGCUACUCGAAGGCUGGCCUCAGUCUGCAUGGUGCGUGGGGUGAGCAGACAGGCGGUCUCAGGCAAGUCAAGCUGAUAACCAGUCUGGCUUCGGCAGAGGAAGACGCAAAUGCUAUGGCUUUGUUGGUGGAGAGGCUGAAGGCCAUCCAGGCUAUCGUGGUCGAAAGCAUGCGCACCAGCUUCCGCGCCAUGGUAACCUGCGGCGCCGAUGCCUCCGGGAGCAACGAAGCCGCCCUCCAGUCCUUCAUCACAACCACCCGCUCCUCACCCCUCACGCCACCAGCCCCCCUCACCACCACCCCCCCACCCACCUACCCAACUCUCAACCAAAAAACCCUCUUCCCCUUCCCAACCUACCAAGUCUCCUACACCGCCCUCACCCUCCCCACAGGGCCCUACACCUCCCAACAAACAGCGCCUUUCGCCAUCCUCGCCCAACUCCUUACCCACAAACACUUACACCACGAGAUCCGUGAAAAAGGCGGGGCCUACGGCGGCGGAGCCAGUUCCUCCGGCCUCACAGGGACGUUCGGGAUGUACUCCUACCGCGACCACAACCCCGCCAACACUUUACGAAUCAUGCGCGAAGCCGGGCGAUGGGCCGCGGAGCGCGAAUGGAGCGAGCGGGAAUUGGAGGAGGCGAAACUGUCAUGUUUUCAGGGACUAGAUGCGCCGAUCUCGGUCAAUCAGGAGGGUGUGGAUGGAUUCUUGCUUGGGAUCGAUGCGCAGAUGGAUCAGCAGAGACGGGAGUGGUUACUCGAUGUGGACGCUAGGCAAGUGAGACAAGCGGCUGAGGAGGUGGCGAAGGCGUUGGAGGGGAACGGGGCGAAUGUGGCGGUUUUGGGGAAUGAUAAGGGUGGGUUUGUGAAGGAGGGUGAGGGAUGGGAGGUCAGGGAUAUGGGGAUUGGGAAGUGA